AAUCACUAUUUGAUUCCACUAAAAAAAUAGAAUCUAAAUCACAAGUGCCCUCGAAAUCCACAUGUCCGCUUGUUUUUUUUCCCAUAAAAAAUCACAACAGCAGCCAUCUGAGAAAUCACAUUGAAAGUCAUCAGCCUUGGCAGAGGAAUAUACAAUAUGGGGUGUGUGUUCAAGUGUGGAGAAAAGAAGAUUCAUGGGGAGAGUUGACAUCUGACAAGGCAUCCAAUGUUGAUUAAUCAAGAAAUCCUCAGAAAAGAUUAUGUGAGUCAGCCAGAAAAUUUGAACUUUCAACCCAUAAGUUAAGUUAUCCUAAAAGCUUGUAUAGGAUUGGAUGGAUUGAUUCGUUGGUAAAUCAAGCUACUUGUUUCUGAUUUUCCACAAACAGUUAAAAAUGUCUGAGACGAGAGCUGACAUUGUCACCGUUGACAUUGAUGAUAUGAUGCUUAAGAGCUUGUCCUCGACGCCUUCAAAACCCUCAAUAUUUAGAGUUGGUGAUCAUUUACGCAGCAUAAAUCCAGAGUCUUACGAUCCAGAAAUAAUAGCCAUUGGCCCAUAUCACCGCGGGAAAUCUAACUUGCAGAAGAUGGAGCAACACAAAGUCAGAUAUCUAAAGCUGUUUCUUGAAAGAAGAAAUGAGUCAAGUGUAGAAAGAUAUGUUACCACAAUAAGACACUUAGAAGACAUGGCGCGGAAAUGUUAUGCUGAAGACAUCCAACUUGAUGAAGAUGAGUUUGUGCAAAUGUUGAUUCUUGAUGGCUGUUUUAUCAUCGAAUUUCUCCAUAAGUUUCAACAAAUAGAAUGUAGGGAUGAAGAUGACCCCAUUUUCCAGUAUGGAUAUAUGCAAAGUCAUUUGCUUCAUGAUCUAAUGGUAUUUGAGAAUCAGAUUCCAUUUUUCAUCAUUGAUCGUUUGUUCAACAUAAUCAAGAUCAACGAUGAAGACAACAUCAAUUCUCUAAUACUGCCUUUACUAGGAAAUGGCAUUUUCCCAGCGCAAGGUCUUCCUGAAGUCCCUAUUAAUGGUCACCAUCUUCUUGGUAUUGUACAUGACAUCCAGUGUUCAUCAUUUGCAACAAUAUUAUCUCAUAUGGAUUCUGGAGAUCCUGAUAACGUGGCGAAUAUAAAUUCAGCUGUAGAGAUCAAAGAAGCAGGGAUUUCCUUCAAAAAGUCGGAAUGUAAUAGUUUGUUUCACAUUGAAUUCAAAAAUAAAACAACGAUCAUUCCAGAAUGGGAAAUUUCUGAUUCAACAGAAUCGUUGUUCCGAAAUCUGAUGGCAUAUGAGUACUACCUCCCAGGCAGUCCUCAAAAAUAUGUGACGGACUAUGUAUUCUUUAUGCAUUGUCUCGUCCAUUCCCCAGAUGAUGCAAAAUUGUUGCGCUGUUAUGGAAUCAUUAGCAACUUUUUGGGGAGCGAUAAAAUGGUUUAUCUUCUAAUCAACCAGCUAGGGAAGAAUAUCAUAAUAUCUGAUAAGUUUUCGUAUUCUAAUAUUUUCAACGUUGUGAACCAUCAUUGUCGCCGCAUAUGGAAUAUAAGGAUGGCAACAUUGAGGCGAAGAUAUCUUAACAGUCCAUGGGCACUCAUUUCAGUCUUUGCUGCCACUUUCUUGCUUACGCUUGCCAUUCUACAGACUACUUUUCCUAUUCUCUCAUACCGUAAGUUACUCCCCAAGUAUUGCAUAUUUUAACCUUUGUUUGGAAAAUGUAUAAAUGGUUUACAAAUAGGAAU